UCAUCACGUGCAUUAUCUGUGAAUGCGCGUGCACGAGCGUUGCGGUUUGCUCGGCGCGCAUGGAAGCUGCUCGCGUGCACGCGCAAUUUCAAUUUUACCAUCAUCACCGGUGUCGACAGAAGCGAAUUCGAACAUGACCACAAGGAUGUACACGAACAUAAUGUCGGUGGAACCGGUACGGCGGAGAGAGCAUCUGCUGUCCUUCUGAGAGCGCUCAUCCGCGGCAUGCCUCGUCGACGCCUCCCCGGUCAAAGACGCCGAACCGUGGAGCCCGACCACGGAGAUUCAUUCAUGAGCCCCGAUGGAGCAUCUUCACUAAAAUCACUAUUUAUCAUCUUGUUUCCUUGCUGCAUCCCUACGCUCGCCGUACCGAGUUCUCCUGGUGUUCUGCUAGUGGCCGGAACCCGAGCCCGCCCUGGCUGUCCAUGGCUCUACUGAGAAGAUGGAGGCUUCUGCUGGUGUUUAACGUGCUCGCGGUGGCCGGCAUCAUGACGUUGUGGAGCCGCUGUAGCAGCGCGCGCAAGCCAACGGUCCGCGUGGCCGCUCCGGAGGGUCGGGACGCUGCGGACGCCGAGCGCAGGAGCCCAGGCCGGACCAACGGAACCGCCACCGUCAGCCACCAAGUGCUACUGGACAGGCUCAGCUCGCUGGAGGACGUCGUGUACCGACAGUUGAACGGUCUGUCCAAAUCUUUGGGCCUUAUCGAGGGUUUCGGGGGCUGGGGAGCCGGUGGCCUGGCCGCCAGUCUUUCUCCAGGUGAGGUGAGCGAUGCCAAAUACUUGAGGGACAAAUAUGGCUACAACGCCUACCUGAGCAACACCAUCUCUCUGGACCGAACCAUACCAGACUACAGACCCGGCAGUUGCAGAAAUGUCAGCCACCUACGAGAUCUCCCCCAGAUGGCCCUGGUCUUCAUCUUCGUCAACGAGGCCCUGUCCGUCAUCCUACGCUCGGUCCACUCGGCUGUCAAUCACACGCCGGCGCACCUGCUCAAAGAAAUCAUCCUGGUGGAUGACCACAGCGACGACGAGCAGCUGAAAGGACCUCUUGAGGACUACGUGAAGAGACGCUAUCCCGGUCUGGUCAAGAUCGUCAGGAACCACAAGAGGGAGGGUCUGAUCCGGGCCAGGAUCGAGGGCUGGAAGGCGGCCAGCGCCGAGGUGACGGGAUUUUUUGAUGCCCAUGUGGAGUUCACACCCUUCUGGGCUGAGCCGGUAUUGGCCCGAAUCAAGGAGGACCGCAGGAGGAUUAUACUGCCGUCCAUCGACAACAUCAAGCAUGACACCUUCGAGGUGGAGCGUUACGAGAAUUCAGGUCACGGCUACAGCUGGGAGCUGUGGUGCAUGUAUAUCAACCCACCAAAACAGUGGUGGGACGAUGGCGACGUGACGGCGCCGAUCAGGAGUCCCGCCAUGAUUGGCUGCUCCUUCGUGGCCAAUCGUCUCUUCUUUGGCGAACUCGGGCUGCUGGACCCUGGCAUGGACGUCUACGGUGGGGAGAACAUCGAACUGGGCAUCAGGGUGUGGAUGUGCGGGGGCAGCAUGGAGGUGCUGCCGUGCUCCCGCGUGGCUCACAUCGCCCGCGUGAAGAAGCCCUACAACAGCAACAUCGCUUUCUACAUGCGCCGCAAUGCCCUGCGCGUGGCUGAGGUCUGGAUGGACCACUUCAAGUCCAACGUCUACCUGGCCUGGAAUAUCCCCAUGGAGAAUCACGGCAUCGACUUUGGUGACAUCUCUGAGAGGGUGGCGCUCAGGAAGAGUCUGCAGUGUAAGAAUUUCCAGUGGUACCUGGACAACGUUUACCCUGAGAUGAGGACAUAUGGCAACACGCUCUACUAUGGUGAGAUGCGCAACUCUAAAGCAAGCCACCUGUGUUUGGACCAGGGUAUGAGGGAGAACCACACGGCCACCCUGCACCCCUGCCAUGGGUGGGGUCCACAGAUAGGACGUUACACCAAAGAGGGUCAUCUGUACCUGGGCCCACUGGGUAGCACCGGGGAGGACACUCGCUGUGUGGCGGACGAUCCUGCCACCCAAUUACCGCAACUCCUGGACUGCGACAAAGACAAGGACGAACACCGCACCAAGUGGAUUUUCACUCAGGGUGAUUCCAUGAUAAACUCGGCUUCAGGUCGCUGCCUGGAGGUGGUGCCCGCCAAAGUGUACUUGGGCCACCAGGUGGUGCUGCAGUCCUGCUCCGGACAGCGGUGGACCAUAAAGAACACCAUGAAGGAGGUUGCAGUGUAUGUUUAGCGGGCCACUGCGGCUUCACACAUUCAGAUGAUGACUGCAGAUGCGUGGGGACGUCGGGGCCAGGCUCCGGGCCACUGAUGAUCGCCUCAGAUAUUUAAGUUGGACAAACGCGCCAGGCAACUUCUACUAGGACAGUGAGCUGGGGAAAACUUGAAACUACAUGGCUUAUGAUUUGGAAGCAGGUUUUUGGUGACCAGCAUUCCUUAAACUCUUUGGGGAAUUCCGAUGAGUUUCAAGUAGGGGCAUAUUUUGACAAACCGCAAUAGAAGUCAUAAUAAUAAUCAAAUAAAAACAAUUGAUUAAAAAUACAACUUAAAAUUUUACUGAAUCUUCAACAAGCUUGAGGGUCAUCUUGGGGGCUUCUUUUUUUUUUUAAUGCAGGGUGCUUGGACUUGAUAGCCUCACUGCCUCAUUUGCAAGCCUCUCGUGACAUAUUAUGCAGAGCGGGUUUGGUGCGUGCCAUUCAAACAGCAAUAAACCCGUCCAGUAUGACUGCAAGUAUUGUUUCAUUGUUUGGCCUGUUCCCAUUUUUAAUAAGCUCUCCAAACACAUUUGAUUUGAUUUUUGUUUUUGUUUUUCUCUCGUUGCAAGCUUGGGGGCUUACUUUGUUCCGUGUCGCAUGACAAAGAGGAGCAGUAUGGCAAAAACAGAGGAAGGAUCUGAUUUUCAAAAUAAAACUGUUUUCAGACACAUGUUGAAUAAAAUACCCUUUGUUCAGUCUCUCUGUGGAAUAACAUAGUUGAAUAAAAUAUGUAUUCUUCUGUGGGUGAGGAGGAUUUCUAGAGUGGAUGUCAUAACCAGUUGCAUAGAGAUGAUUGCAAGACGUAAAAUCCAAUUCAAAGGGGAUGUAUGAGGAACAAAACCUCCAUCAUCAUCGAGAUUUUCUCACAGAUCAUGAUAAAAUGUUUGCUUGCAUUAUGUUUGACUAAAUUCACGAAUCAAACAUGAACAGAAAAGCCAGCGUCCCACUGGCCAUGUAAAGGCACAUCCGUUUUUAAAAAAAAUCAUCUUACCGAUUGAAACGUCACACAACUUGCAUUCUGCCUCCAUUCCAAGCAACAUUACCUCAAAAAAAAGGAAGGUUAAAAUGACCAUUCUCCCUAUUUUUUCUGUUUUUUGAAUGUCUGCCUUGGUCAAAUAACGUAGCAGGAUUGUUUUCUAAAUGGUGUCACUGGGAUUUUUGCCACCCGGAAGUAUGUGUGACACCAUGGUGAAAAAGUCUGUCAUUCCUCAUGUCUGUAUGUCGACUACUUUUGAGGCGUUCAGUGUAUUAACGUGAACGAUUCAGUCUUCCAGUAAACAAAGUACUUGACACCCUCAGCCAUCUUUUUGUUUGUAACUUAGCGGUGUAGCUUGUUGUUAAAAAGCAUACAGACGAGAGCGGACUGUGGAUUUGGGACAGGGACCUGUGCCAAAAGGCGAAAAUCUGUGCGUAAUUGAAAUCUUUCCACCAAUAAUGGCCUGUAGAUGACACAACAUGGCGGCAAAGAAGUACUUUGAUCUAAAUGAAGCUCCUUCUCCCACUUUAACAUAGUUUUUUUUAAAACUAUUUUUUUUCCGCAAAACAAUUAAGGGAUUUUAUUUUCAGGCCAAAUUGGCCGAUCUUAUCUGUGAGCAUGAGGGAAUGAACUUGUGGCUCUUUGGCGGUCGCAUAUCACCUUCUGGCCCAUAAAAAAAAGUAGAACCAUAUUGUUUGUAUUGAAAAAACAAAGAUUUAUUGCAUCUUGUACACAUGUUCAGUAUUUACACACUGAGGCUUGUUCAAUAAUACAAUUUAAAGUCUACUUAAAUGUGUUUGUUCAGUGUCGCACAUGCAAACUCUGUGUGUGUGUGUGAUUGGUUAAUUAAUUGUGGCGAGGGUCCAUGCUACUCGAGAGACACCCCGGUGUUUCCUUCCCCUGCCAAAUGAAAAGCCCAGGGAAUGGAGGCAUGCAAACAUUCCCGCAAGGUGUAUUUUUCAUGAUAGGAAGUUCCCCUGAAUGGAACAAGCACACGCCAAAACACUCAAGUGUGAUUUCCUGUGAUUUUCUGUACACUUUUUUAAAAUAUUCUGUGUUUCAAAAUAAACCAGAUGCUUUGAAAACAAAACUGCUGCAGGACCAGGGGUGGGCAUAGUAUAAGGCCCGCUGUGUUCUUUCAUUCAUUCAUUGUGAAUAAUAAAAUGAAAGCAGAAUUGCUGCAGUUUAGUAUUAAAAUAAACAAUUUAAUUCAUGCAUUUACUAUUUAAUUAUUUGUUUGAAUACAUAAUUGGUUAAUUCAUAUUAAUUACAUUUUCAUUAAAAAAAGGAAUUAUUUUAUUACUAAAAUACAUUGCACAUGCAUUUGACAUUUAAUUAUUCUUUAAAUACGUAAUUGGUUAAUUAUAAAUACAGAUGAAAAAUAACAUAAAUGAUUUGACACGAAUUAUUAUUGGUUGGCAAUUCCUCCAAAUUAAUUAUAAACAACAAAUGCAGCUUAACUAUUCCAUGACUUUAUAAAACUAUUUACAUAUUUUACAUUUUAACUAACAUUUAAUCUUAUCUACAAAUGACCUGGCCCAUCUGUCUAUUUUCAAAAUUUUGUUUGCCUGCCCCUUGAUCCUUCUCACUGGACACGUCGUUGGGUACACAAUCUAAAUAAAAUUGAAUACAAACAAAAACCAAAUCUGGUUAUGAUUUUCUCUUCUUUUUUUUUAAAUAUAACAAAAUGUUUAUUAUUGUGCUUGCACAAAUGCACUGCAUCAUAAUGACAGUAAUAAACAUAUUGUUCAAUGAAAAUCUCUGCUUUGUUUGUAAUAGUUAUGUCAUUAAUUAGUGUGUAAGCCAACACGCUGUUUGCGUGAUGCCCGCUAGAGGACGCGCUUGCACAAAACUUGCUGGUCAUCCGGUUUUGUUUCUUUUAUGGCUUAGAACACGCAUAUCCGCCACAGAGUGACGUCACCCGACGCAAGCGUGUUGCUGCAGUUGUGCAGUCAGAAUUUUGUUACCUCAAAGAACUUUUAUACAGCGUGACAUGACGUGUGGGCGGGGCCUACGAGACCACGUGGCUUCUUCCUUAUUAUAAGUGCAGUGGAGGUGUGGCGAUUCUUUUUUAUUAUAGAUUUAUGAUUUAUCGUUCCCCCCGCCCCCAGGUUUUUCUGGUAUACAACAAUGAAUUGUGUGAAUUGUUGUUUGUCUAUAUGUGCCCUGGUGAGAAGUUCAGGGUGUGCCUCCCUUCUCUUUCCAAAGGUCAACUGAUCACUUCAAAGAGGGCAAGCUAUACAAAAUGGAUUUAUGGAUAUUGUAUUGUGAUAUCAGUAUUGCUGCUGUAUGUGCUUGAUCAUGUGUAAAGCUUAUUAUGCAAAGUGACCUCCAGCAUCACUCAUCAAUCAGUCAUUAAUCAGUCAAUUGAUAACGGUGAACUGAUUCAUCAAAUCAGAAGAAGGAAGUGGAAACACAAACACAUGCGCAUGCGCGGGCACGCACACAAACAGCACAGAUGGACGAGAUGGGACGGCGCCAUCUAGUCUCCUCAACACACUUGGUCGCCGUGUGAAACAGGAAGUCAGAAGAAGACGGUGGCAAACGGGAGGAAUAUUCAUGCUCCGGUGAGGAGGAAGGAGGAGGAAGGGAACGGCAGAAGAGGGGAGAAAGGUUGAGGGGAUUAAUGGAAGACAAGGGAGGAGGGCAAAAAGGUGAGAGGAGUAGAAAUGAGGAGGGGGGGGGUGAAGAGGAAGAGGCAGGAGAAAGAAGGAGGAGGCGGGACAAAGAUGAAAAAGGAUGAGAGGAGAAAGAGGGAGUGGGAUGAAAAAGAAGAAGGUAAGGGGACAACAGUGGAGGAGGAGGCCAAGAUCAGGAGGAAAACAAUGGAAGAAUACAAGAAGCCAGGACGUUAGGUGUUUGGUGUCUUUGACUUAAAGGAAUCCUUGUUUGAUUCCCCACUCGGAGGAUCUUAAGUCCAAACUGACAGAUGAUAU